AUAAAGUUAAUUUUGAACCGACCGCGAACGGACGAGGUUUGACAUCUUACGAGAUCUUACAUUAAAUUUCGCAAUAUUGUAACCGUUGUAUUUAAAAUACUGUAAAAAUUUGUAAACGAACAAUGAAUUUGGUGAAUAAAAUAUGUUUUGUGUGUGUUAAAACAUGUGGAUAAAAAAUAAUUAAUUUAUUAGUAAUUGAGUAGUGAUAAAAGGGUGGAUAAUGCUACAUUCAGUGAUGAGUGCAGUUACCAUCGUAUUAAAUAAUUAUAAAAUAAUGUAACUAUUGGAGAGCAUGAAAGAAAUGAUGUGGCAGUUCAUCUUAUAUGCUGCCCUUGCAGUCUCCGUGUCUGGUCACGGCAGGGUUCUUCAGCCUCCUGGCCGGGCUUCAAUGUGGAGAAUGGGCUUCAAUAGCCGCCAUAACUAUGAUGAUGAUGGCCUGAACUGCGGCGGCUUCUACCGACAAUACGGCACUAAUAAGGGAAAGUGCGGUAUCUGUGGUGAUGCCUACAACCUGCCCCGACCGAGACCCCAUGAGCUCGGCGGUGAAUACGGUCGAGGUACCAUCGUAGACACAUACGAAUCUGGUCAGAUUAUAGAAGCUACCGUAGAAAUCACAGCUUACCACAAAGGCUAUUGGUACUUCAAAAUUUGUCCACACCCUGAAAAGGAAGCUAACCAGAAAUGCUUCGACCAAUACCCCUUGGAAUUAGCCGACGGAGGCCAGCUCUACUUCCCACCAAAAGGCGGGAAAUUUACUCUUAAAUACCGUCUUCCCAAAGGAUUGUCUUGCAAGCACUGCAUCAUUCAGUGGAGAUACGUAGCAGGCAAUAAUUGGGGAUUUUGCAACAACGGCACACAGGGCUUAGGUUGCGGUGAUCAGGAAACCUUCGGAGCUUGCUCUGAUGUAUCCAUUACACCCGUAAAACAUAUUGAUGUAGAAUCCAAACCCGUGGAGCUAUUCGCAGGAUUGUACAAGCUGUUGCAAAAAGCAAAUGUUGCGCCGUACACCACAAAACCUAAACGGAAGCAUCCAUUUAGGAAGAAAAACCACCGAAAGCCAAGAUCGAAAACUAAAUCGAAAAAGAGGAAAAAGACAAAAAGAGGCGAUUCUUGGCUAUCGCAUUGGUUAUGAAACAGAUUUGAUAGUUAGUGGUUCAAGAAGCAAAUAAAGAAGAAAACAUACCAAAUGGAAAAUGAAUAAUUGUAAUAUUUAAUAACUCUUAUAAUUUAAUUAUUUAACUAUUAUUGUG